CGAUGCCUGAGGCCACAACUUUGAGUGACUUGAGAUAAGAUCGUUGACAAUCAAGAAUGACAUCAGUUGAAAGCACAUCACUAGACAUCUACACUGGUUGAGUCAAACUAUGCCCUCCGCUUGUUCUUAUCCUUUCACCUUCGGAGACUUUUGUUGAGAGCAGUGGAUCUACGAUUAAUAAUCUGCCCUUUAAACCCAACCAUUUAUCAGCAACAAUUUCAUCAUUCUCGGCAUACCGAGGUACUAGCGAGGUAUUUAGGUCAAGAUCUAGGGAUAGACUCAAAAGUCCCUCUUAUCAACUUAGUCCACCUUCCUACUUCAAAAAUAUACCUAUUUCCCCCCGCCCAUCAUUCCUCGUCACGGUUUCAACGAAUAAAAUGGCGUCCGCGGUCAUCAACCAGAUUGCUAUCCUUACCCCUAAGGAGGGGAAGUUUGACGAACUCGCCGCUGAACUGGCCAACAUCACCCGGAACGUGCAAGAACACGAGCCCGAGACGCUGGUGUAUUAUGCUUAUGCCGAUGCCAAGAAGGAAGAGAUCAUUGUCGUUGAGAGAUAUGUGAACCAGGCUGCCUUGGACAAGCACCGGGCUGCACCUUACUUCCAGGAUCUCAUCAAGAAGGCCCCUGAGCUGCUAGGCAAACCCUUGGAACUCAAGGUUGGCAAUGAGUUGCUCCAGGAAUCUGCACAAGUUGUCCGAGUGUAGGAUAUGAGCUCGUCUGUUCUUUAUAUAGUUUGAUGACAUAAGUACAUGACUUCUUUGGGUUGAGUGUCUUCUCUAUAAGCAUCAGGCUCGAUGUAUCUCUGCACCAGUCGAAAAGCUCUUUUAAAGAGGCUGGGUUCAUUGCAAUGUAGAUACCGAGCGGGGUUGUUCCCUUAAAUAGAGUUCUUUUUAACUUUUUGCCCAUACCAACAGUCUCCUGCACGAUGUCUAUGUCGCGCAUGCACUGUCUUAAUUCUAUACCACGUCAACAACUUGGCUUAAAUCUAUUAUAAGAAAUUUCAAGUUGAUUCGUCUUUCGCAUGCCAAGUAAAC